CGCCGAUUUCUGCGGAGUGUGAUUAACUUUUUUACUUUCACUUUGAGAAUUUUGGAUCUAAACCUGUCAAGAUGGACGAGCCACUGGUUGUAGAAACCAUUUACAUGUACGCGAAGGAGAAUGCAAAAAAGCAUCAUACAGAAAAUUUUGAGUUGGUCCAUCUUGACCCACCCACUCCUGUUCUUCGAAGAGGCCAAACUUUUAAUGUUGCUCUGAGAUUUAAUCGAGAAUAUAUUGAUGAUACUGACAUUGUAAGACUUCUCUUCAGUUUUGGACCAAGUCCGAAUGUUAUAAGAGGGACGAGAGGAAUUGGUACUCUCAAUCGAGAUAGUUACAUUACAGAUCUGGAAGCCUGGGGGGUUCGAAUGUUGGGAGCCAAUGGAGCUGAUAUUUCUGUGGAAGUUAGGAGUCCUGUUGACAGUCCUGUUGGAAUUUGGCAGCUGAAUGUGGAAACUACGACCGUCGGAAGAAGGAAAAUUCCUAACAGUCACUCUUAUGAUGGAGAUAUUUAUUUGCUUUUUAAUCCUUGGGUGAAAGAGGACAGUGUCUACUACGAAGAAGAGCAAUAUCUCGACGAAUACGUUUUAAAUGACGUAGGAAAAAUAUGGGUUGGUCCAUUUGGAAGUGCUCGUGGUAGAGAAUGGAUUUUUGGACAAUUUGAUGCCUCUGUUUUGCCAGCUUGUCAAUUGCUUCUUGAACGAUCCGGAAUUAAGGCCAUUUCCAGAGGAGACCCUAUCAAGAUGACUCGUGCCAUCUCCAGAAUUAUAAAUUCGAAUGACGACAAAGGAGUCAUCCAAGGUCGUUGGGACGGUGAAUACGAAGAUGGAACAGCUCCUGCAGCCUGGACAGGAAGUGUACCAAUCUUGGAGGAAUUUUUGGAAACUCAGAAAGAAGUUAAUUAUGGUCAAUGUUGGGUCUUUGCUGGAGUUGUGACGACCGUUUGUCGAGCUCUUGGAAUCCCAUCAAGAGUAGUGACAAAUUUAGUUUCAGCACAUGAUGCCAAUGCAACAUUAUCAGUUGACCGAUACUACACAAUCGAUAAUGAAGAACUUGAGUAUGAUCCUAAUAAUCCUAUGGGAGGCAUCGACUCGAUUUGGAAUUAUCAUGUCUGGAAUGAUGUCUGGAUGGCGAGGCCAGAUCUUCCGAUAGGAUAUGGUGGAUGGCAGGCUAUUGAUGCAACUCCACAGGAAACUUCGGAUGGAUUUUAUCAGUGCGGACCAGCUUCAGUUGAAGCAGUUAGGGAUGGAGCUGUUGGUUAUAAUUUUGAUAUUCAAUUUUUGGUUGCUUCAGUCAACGCUGAUCUGAUGAGAUGGAAAGAAGAUCCUCAUAGCGAAUUCGGAUUCACGAAAAUUGAAAGCAAUAAGUACCACAUAGGGCGUAUGAUCCUGACGAAAGCUCCUUGGGUUUUUGAUCCAAAUGGCGACAAUGAUAAAGAAGAUAUCACUCACUUAUACAAAAACAGGGAAGGUACUGAAGCAGAAAGGCUGACUCUUUUUAGAGCUGUUCGAGCAGUAGAUCUAGCAAAAAGAUUCUAUUCGUUGCCAGCUCCUGGAAAUGAGGACGUCUCAUUUGAUCUCGUGGAAUUACUCCGAGUAAAUAUCGGAGAUCCAUUCAUUGUUGAAGUCAACAUCGAAAAUAAAUCGGACGAAGUUCGAACUGUAAAAGCAAUUUUAUCUGCUGGUAGUGUCUACUACACUGGAAUCAAGGCAAAUAUGGUGAAAAAAGCUUCAGGGACUUUCGUUCUCCAACCAAAAGCACACGAACAACUCAGACUCACAGUAAUUGACGAUGAGUAUUUGGACAAACUGGUUGAAUAUUGUAUAAUGAAAUUAUACGCAAUUGCUUCUGUGGAAGAGACGAGACAGACAUGGGCGGAUGAGGACGACUUUCAGGUUUUGAAGCCAACCAUCGAUGUCAAGAUCGAAGAAGAACUUGUCGUUGGAAGACCAGCAACUAUAAUCCUCAGCUUCAAGAAUCCGUUGAAGAAAGUCCUCACCAAAUGUAGAUUUAAUUACGCAGGACCAGGGUUGUCAAAAAAUAAAACUUUGGAAUACAGGGAUGUUGAACCCGAAGAAGAUGUCUAUGUUGAGCACCAGUUGGUUCCUCAAAAAGCGGGACCUCAAAAAAUAGUUGCUACAUUUACUUCUAAGGAACUUGUCGAUAUCACUGGAUCUAUUGCUGUCGAUGUUUUUGAUAUAAACGAAUGAUCUCUUCUCAAAAUUUAAAAGUAUUUAUUUUUCGUACUUUCAAGAUCUUCAAUAACUUAAUUCUUGUGUUACUUAAAUUAGUUUCGAUUUAUAUUUUAUGCUUUAGAAUUUCUAUCUAGUUUUAUUUAAAAAGUAAGAAUUUGUAAAAAGUUAAAACAUUCCUUCAUUAUCAUUUUAAUAUAUAUGACUAUUUUUUAUGUUAAAAUAAAACUACUCUGUUGUAUAUGUGGCUUAAACUCCAUUUAUUCCA